AUGCAGGCAAAUCAGGUCGAGGGCGAAAAGAAGAUGGACACGGGCAAGCCAGACAGCUCCAGGGCGAUGAGCAUCGAGGUGCUGCACGUGGCAGGAUGGCACUGGAAGGGACAAGUUGCAUCCAGACGCCAGCGAGGAAAGGUACGAUUCCUUGAGAUGUGGUUACCACAUAUGAUGUACCCGGAAGAAGGUCACAUUAACCCCGACCUGGUCUUGGCAAUCCCUGCGAAGACUUCACUGCACACCAAGCCAGGUGGAGGCCAAGUGCUCGUGAAGAUGCCCGUCGAUAUUUGUUGUGUAGAGGGCGAUGCGGACGUUGGAAAGCCUCCCGAGGUCCAGAGAGAAGGUGCCUAG